CAGUAAAAAUGCACCCGUUUGAUUGAUUCUAAUAGCUGAGUGACAGAGAUUCAGCCACUGUGUGUGUUUGUGUGUGUGUGUGUGUGUGUGUGUGUGUGUGUGUGUGUGUGUGUGAUGUAUGGUUCUGCUGUACUCUGCGUUAAUAGGAACACAGAAGUUGCAUAUAUGAGUGCUCCAGCCUGCUUUAUCAAGAGCCUCAUCCCCAGUUCACUCCAAAAGCCUCUCCUUGACUUCACAGGCUGCUGCCUCUUAUAUGACUUUUCAUUCAUUGCGGAGCUUCGUUCUCCCUGCAGCCUCGGCAGCUGCGCUCGUCUCAGAUGGUGGUGGAAUCUGCUGAUGUGCUUUGUUGAAAUCGUGCUGUCAUAUUCGAAUGCUGUGUUCCUUUCAGAGAUCCUGCUUUGUGUGUGUGUCAGGAAGGUUUGUGUUUCGCGCGCUGAGGCUGCACUUUUCACACACAGCUGUUUGACUUUACGUGGACAGGCGAUGGCCGAUCUGGACCUUUCGCUGCUGAAUCAUGCCUUUAGACUGGACACUGUUAGACCUGUGCUUAGCUCACUGCUUAGACUGCACACACAGAAUGAGUAUCGGGGGGAGCUCCUGAACCAGCGCUGGACGCGAGGAGACAAGAUCAGCCGCUGCCGGCCCUCUCUUAGACCACACAGCCAACCAGUCAAAAUGAGUUUGGAUAUUGAUGACAAGCGGACGCGCACACGGUCCAAGGGAGGAAGAACUCCCACUGAGAUUGUAGGACAGGAGCUAAGCACGCUGAGCUGCCCAGUGGCCAGAAAGAGGAGGCUGCAGGAGGAGGAGGAGGUGGAGCAGCAGCAGCAGCCGGUCUCCAAGAGGAAGUCCCAUCCCCUGAAACUGGCGAUGGACGACUGUUUUAACGCCGAGAGCGACGGCAGUGGGGAGGAGAUGGAGAUGAAGGAAGAGGACGAGGAAGAAGACGCAGAAACCCAGCAGCAGUGUCAGCCUCAGGAGGAAGAGGAGCAGAAACCUGAGAGCAACGACGCAGACGAGGCUGAUGAAGAGGAGUGCAUGAUCAUUGAGGCAUCCAGCACAGAGAAACCUAAAGCUACAGGAACAGAUGACCUCUCCAGCUACCAGCACAUAGUGGCCAACUCACUACUGCACCUCAGCAACCGUAAUAACCAUGCCACGUCCCCACGACAACAACAGCAGCAGUCUGUCACCAUGGAGACACCGGAGGACAGCCCGACUAGAGCAGAAGAAGAGGAAGAAGAGGGAAGAGAGAAAGAGGCAGCCAAACCAACAGGUCAGAUGAAUGGAGUGGAUGGGGAAACAGAAGAGGAGGAAGAGAGGAUGCAGAAUGGAAGACAAGAAGAGUCAGACCACCAGUACUUCACAGAGGAGAUCAACGUACAUCUGUGUGAGCAUCAUGGGAAGCCACAUACGGAGGAGACAUACAAGGAAGAGUAUGAAGAUGAUGAAGUCGAAGAGCAGAAGAAAGAACGGAAUAGCCUUUUCAACCCCUCUGUGAUCACUGCAGCUCAGGGAUCCCACAUGAACGAAGACUACAUUACCCACAAGCCCUCAUCCCCAGAGAACUACACUUCCAGCAAAGCCUCGGUAGCUCCAGUAUUCAUCGAGGUGCGGUCUGAGGGGUCAGAAAAGGACGACAAAGACGGAGAUGAUGAUGAUGAUGACGAAGAGGAGGACAACGACAGUUUGUCCCAGCGCUCAACGGUGGCGGAUGAGUCAGAGAUGUAUGACAUGAUGCGGGGCAACUUGGGCCUACUGGAGCAGGCCAUCGCCCUCAAAGCCCAGCAGGUCAAAGGCCACCGAGAAUUCCCACACACUCCUGAACACCAUCGCUACUUCCAUCUAGAUGACCGGCCCAUCAAACACAUGGAGCAACUGCGCAAGAGUUACUAUGGCAAAGAGAGUUCCAGACCAGAGAAGAGAGAGAAUAAAUGCCCCACCCCUGGCUGUGACGGCACGGGUCACGUGACCGGGCUGUACCCUCACCACCGCAGUUUGUCGGGCUGCCCUCACAAAGACAGGAUCCCACCAGAGAUCCUGGCCAUGCAUGAGAAUGUUCUGAAGUGCCCCACUCCCGGCUGCACUGGACAGGGCCACGUCAACAGCAACCGCAACACACACCGCAGUUUGUCAGGAUGUCCAAUUGCCGCCGCUGAGAAGCUGUCCAAGAGCCACGACAAGCAGCAUCUAAGCCAGCCCAUGAGCGAGCAGCCCAAAGGCAGCCCCAAUUCUGACAGAGUGCUCAGACCCAUGUGUUUUGUGAAGCAGCUGGAGGUGCCGCAGUUUGGCAGCUAUAGGGCCAGUCUGGUGCCCAGCACCCCACGUGCUAACCUGGCUAAGGAGCUGGAGAAGUACUCCAAGGUCUCCUUUGAUUAUGCAAGCUUCGACGUGCAGGUGUUCGGCAAGCGCAUGCUCGCCCCAAAGAUGCACACCAGCGAAACCUCACCCAAAGCCUUCAAAUCCAAACCUCCAUUCCCUAGAACGUCUCCCCCAAGUCCUAGCAUGCAGAGCCCCUAUGGGAAAAGCUCGUCCAGCGUCCAUGACUACUCCCAUGAUGCCGAGGCUGCACACAUGGCUGCCACGGCCAUCCUCAACCUGUCCACUCGCUGCUGGGAGAGACCAGAGAACCUUAGCACCAAACACCAGGAUAAGAACAUGGAUAUAGAGGUGGACGAGAACGGUACUCUGGAUUUGAGUAUGAAGAAGCCCAUAAAGAGAGAGGGAGGCCUGCUGAGCACGAGCCCGGGGGUCCGCUCCCCCGACCUCUCUUCAACAUCCUCGUCCUCCCUACAUCAUGGCAGCAGUGGCAUUUCACCCCACUUACAGGUCUACAAGCAGGAGGAGUGGGAGGGGCCUCUGGACUACACCAAACCCAAUCGACAGAGGGAGGAGGAACUAGAGGAGAUGGAUCACACUGCCCAGUCGUUCGCCUCCUCUGACCCUGAGGACUGUGACAUGGGGCAGGACUGCCCAGACGACAGGAAGUACCCUGGGGAGGUCACCACUCCCAGCUUUAAGGUCAAAUUCCAGCCCAAGGAGUGCAAGAAAGAGCUCCUCAUGUGUCCCACACCUGGCUGUGACGGCAGUGGCCACAUCACUGGAAACUAUGCAUCCCACCGCAGCCUGUCUGGGUGUCCUCUUGCUGAUAAGAGUCUUCGGUCCCUCAUGGCAGCGCACACAGCCGAACUCAAGUGUCCCACCCCAGGCUGUGAUGGUUCGGGCCACAUCACUGGUAACUACGCCUCUCACCGAAGUUUGUCUGGGUGCCCCCGUGCCAAGAAAGGCGGAAUAAAAACGACCCCCACCAAGGACGACAAGGAGGACUCCGAGCUUUUAAAGUGUCCAGUGCCAGGUUGUGACAGUCUGGGUCAUAUCAGUGGGAAGUAUGCAACUCACCGCAGUGCGUAUGGGUGCCCACUGGCCGCCCGACGUCAGAAGGAGGGACUGCUGAAUGGGACGCCUUUCUCCUGGAAGGCCUUCAAAACAGAGGGACCCACCUGCCCCACGCCGGGCUGCGACGGAUCAGGCCACGCCAACGGCAGCUUCCUCACCCACCGAAGUCUUUCUGGCUGUCCCCGGGCCUCCCUGGCUAAGAAGAAAGCCAAGUUUCCCGGAGAGGAGUAUCUCAGCUCAAAGUUCAGGGCCAGUGAUGUGCUGGAUAAUGAUGAGGACAUCAAGCAACUCAAUAAAGAAAUCACUGAACUCAGUGAGUCCAACAAUGAGAUGGAAGCUGAUAUGGCCAACCUGCAAACACAGAUCUCAUCCAUGGAGAGAAACCUGAAGAACAUUGAGCAGGAGAAUAAGAUCAUCGAAGAGCAGAAUGAAGCACUGUUUAUGGAGCUGUCGGGACUCAGCCAAGCCCUUAUACGCAGCCUGGCCAACAUCCGCCUGCCCCACAUGGAGCCAAUCACAGAGCAGAACUUUGAAAGCUACGUGAGCACUCUGACCGACAUGUACACCAAUAAAGACUGCUACCAGAACCCGGAGAACAAGGCCCUGCUGGAGACCAUCAACCAGGCUGUGAAAGGUAUUAAGGUGUGACUCCUGCCUGCGGGAUCGCCCCCCGGAGGCGUAGAAGAUAAACGACGUGUGUAGAGCCGAAGAAGAGCGCGCGUUAAGAGUCACACUCACAUGAAAAAGGGCAUUCAGGUUUUUUUUGUUUGUUUGUUUGUUUUGAACAACAACAGCCUUCAUCCCAGGGAAGAAUUCUGUGUUGAGAGAAAAAAAAAAUAGAAAGAUAUAAUAUAUAUACAUAUUAAUAUAAGGACCAAAAUCCACAAAAAAAAGCUGCUGGAUUGGAAGUGGAGGAUAACCGAACCAAAUCCUUCAGAAAAAGACCUGUUUUUUUUGCCUCUGUUAUUUUAUUUCUGUUAUUGGGGGUUUGUUUUUUUUUUUUUUUGCGCCAUUCAUCUUCAGCCGGUUUUAAGAGGGAAGACAGAGGACGAAGAAGAGAAUCUGAACUUCAGCAUCUGUCAAGGGACAAGCGAGGCCCUUCGGAUGAAAGCAAUGAAUGUCCUUGUGUUGCCUAUGGGGGUCUGCAGCCCCUUUAUCAGAGCAGACACCACACUCCGUCCACUGAACGGUCAUAUCCACAGGCUGCUAAGACCCAGCAUAGCGCUCAUUAUAAUCCCUAGAGGUGAAGCAGGUAUGCAGCAUUUUAUUUGUUCUCCAUGAGUUUUGAUCUGGCCGAGGCACCAAGCUGGAGGAAGCAUCUGUGAAAUAAGCAGCUGCCACAGAAAUGCAUGCUAGAGCUGCACAAUAUGGACAAAAUGGUAGUGAUAUUGUUACAUAUUGGCCUUUAUUCUUCAAAGUUGCAUACGGUCAAAUCUGAGGGCACAUUUAGCCAACAAACUCAUGUGUGGUAGAAGAGCGUGUAAAUUUCAGCACAACAGUUUGAGAGCCUGUAAAAAAAAAGCUUAGUUUGCAAUUAAUUCACCAAAAUUAUUGUCAAGUUUUUUGUUAAUACCAAUGAAAAUGAAAAUAGAAGAUUAGAACAGUAAUAAUAAUUUGGCAAACCAGUGCAAAAGUGUAUGUACUUAUUUUACGGGCACAUUGGUUUAAACAAAUGGAGCAACUAUUCCUCGUUCCAUUUAAAGAUAUUUUACACUGUGCUUUUGUUUUAUGCUACAAACACCACCAAAAAUACAAAACACAGCAUACACUGCAAUAAUAUAGCCUUUAAAUAUGAUAUUUUGGGAAAAUAAUCACACACAAUAAUCACUAUCUUCACUACGGAUACUACACUACAGCCUUGUUUACUUCACGCUGUUUGUUCCAGUUGUUGUAGUUUUAACACUAUAACAUUUGGUCAGUAGGAGGAGCAAGGCACUCACUGCUCAGUCUCAAACUCCGCCUACAAGCACAGCAAUUGGCUCACAAGCCAUCGACUCAUGUCAUUUUAUUGACUUUCCACCAUCUGCAUGAGUUAGGGUGUGCUUCAUGUAAAUGAUAUGUAAAUGAAGUCCUGGUAGGCUGGCGCUUGAUUUCACGCACCGAGGCUGAUUCAUCAUCGAUUAUAGUCAAAUCUCUGGUUGUUUCCAUGUCGUACGAAAGUUUAAAGGCCGUCAAAUCUGCAGUCAUUUUAUGCAGCUUUGAUGAAUAAGGGUGACGGUGAUUCUGAUUGGCUGGUAAUAUAUUAUACAUGCAUUGGUGAAUUAAUAAUCUGGCACAGUUAAAGAUCAGCCAGUGUUAUUUUUCCAAAACACUCCACCUUUUCUUGCUCUAGACCAUCACAGCACACAGUAAAACUCAUUGCGAUUGGUUAGGAGGCUCAUUUGCAUACUGUAGUCUUCUGUGAUAUUAGUAAUAAUAAUUAACAAACGAUAUAUUGUGCAGCUCGAGUGCAAACAUUACUCAUGGAGAGAAUCCAAUGUGGGUGCUUUAAGCGGUUUGUUUACACAUAUCGGACCUUAUUUAUUUAUUUAUUCACAUCUGAACUACGUUUCGUUCGCAGAAGCUCUGGUCCUUUCAUUCAUUCGCAAUAUUUAUGCUAGAGUAAUAUAAUGUAUUUUCUCCUCAGUCCAAUCCAGUCAUAGAUACUUAUCGCUGUUAUAUUUAUGAUAAAAAAGAAAAAUGAAUUGCACUUCUUUUCUUCAAUUAAUAGUUUAAUAAGUUUGAUUUUCACUGGUCUUUAAAUUAUUACUACCGUCAGUCUUAUUACUGUUCUAUAAAUCUAAUAUUAUCUAUCCAAUGUUAGUUUAUUUACAGUUUGUUAUUAUUUAUUUGAUUUCGCUUAUUGCUAUAGAAAAAAAGAAAAAAAAUCCAGCAUAGCCCCUCCAUUUACAACAUUAAUAUAAGAAUGAAGAAAAAAAUAACUUUAGGAAUCUACCAUCCGUUUUUUGUACCUUAUUUUCUUUGACGAUAGAUUUUUAAGACUUUUUUUAAGUGCAAAUAUUUUUAACUGACAAAGUUUUGAUAAUUUUAUAUGGUUGUCAUUGUUUUUGUUGUUUUGCAUUGUUCUUUUUUUUUUGUUUGUUUGUUUUACAAAUCCUGAGCUACCCCAUGCUAAUGGAGAAUUCAAAUGUGUAUUUAUUAUUUAUUCGAUAUUUAUGAACUAAUGAACUGUGAUAAGGUUGUACUGUAUAUUUAUUUUGUAACGUGCUUGUGACGACUGAGACUGAGUAGGCGAAACUGUUGAAAUAAAGACGCAUAAAUGAUUCGUGGACGAGAAAGGAAAAUGUAUGAUCAUCAGGGGAGGGUGG